CAGAGAGAGAGAGAGAAAGAGACAACAUCACUUUCUCAGUACAUACCCUCCCUCCCUCUCCCCCCUUGUUGGCUGUCGUCUCCCACGCCCUCCGAGAGCCAUGUUUGGAGAAUCUGUAUCAUCUACUCCCUCGAUCUGGGCCGUCGUCUACAGCUGGUUCACUCCCACUGUCUUCUUCCUCCUCCUCCAGCUCAUGAUUGGCACCAUUUUCAUUACUUCCACCUUCGCCAACAACAGACCCCAUAACGAACCAGAAUCUCACGACGACCGUCCCCCUCAACAACUCGCUAGAUCUCCCUCUGUCCUACAGAGACUCAAAUCCAUCAAUUUCUACAAUUACAGAUCCCAGGAAUCCCCUCACCACACCUCAGAAUUUCAAACCUCCCAUGAAGCUCCUCAACCUCCGCUUCCGAGAUCUCCAUCUAUGCUUCAGAGGCUCAAGUCCAUCAACCUCUAUAAUUACUUCCCUACUGACCCCAUUUCUUCCAGGUUCUCCUCUCCUGACGCAACUCAUGAACCGGCCAGCCAUUUUGAGUUGCCGAAUGCUGUUGAACAGGAGAAACACCAUUUGGACGAUGCGCCGGUGGUGGAGAGCGAUGGAGAGGUAGAAGAGGAGGACGGUGUCGGGGAAAUCCAGCAUACCGAGCUAGAGCUGUCUCUUGAUGAUGUUUACAGCGAUUUGCAAGGGGUUCACGUAAGCAGGACUAAGUCGGACACGAAGCCGGCGUCCGGCGAGGUGCUGGAAAAGCUUCCCAGGAAGAUGAAGAAGUCGGCGACCACAAAAUCGGCAUUCUCGCAUUUUAGGGAAGAAGACAUUGUAGAGAAUCGGCGGCCGGCGACCAUGAGAGAGGCGAAGGUGAGCGAGUCGGAGGCAGACGAGGAGGUGGACGCGAAGGCGGACGAUUUCAUCAACAAGUUCAAGCAGCAGUUGAAGCUGCAGAGGCUUGAUUCCAUAAUGAGGUACAAGGAAGUAAUCCAAAGAGGAAGCGGAAAGUAACAACAGGGAAUGGGAUUUCCUUUUUGCUGGGUGGGUUUGCUGCUAUAAUUUUCGUUAUUAAUCUGAGAAUUGGGUCCUGUAAAAGUAAAACUAGGGCUUUUAUUUGAUUUUGUACUAAAACGAAACUAGUCUGUCAGAUGCCGGGGGAUGUUGAAGCUUAAUAUUUUUACAUAUAUGACCCUUAUUGUUACUCCA